AGGGAGAGGGAGAGGGAGAGGAAAGAGAAUGAUGUUCCGAUGAUAAGACUACUAGCGGGGGUAGUUGCCAGCAGAGAGUCCUUUCUGAAUCAUCAUCCGAUUUCAUCGUCCGAGAUUUUCUCUCUCUCCCUCUGUCUCUUUCCCUCUCUCGUUCCCGUUACAGAAAUCCUUUCUUGUCAGCAAACUCUCUCGAAGGCGAGGACAAGUCCCGUUGACGAUCGGUCGGUCGGCAAGUUUUGAGAUCAUUAUUUCUGCCUUGGUAGCCCUCUUCUUGUGAUACGCCUAGCUGUCAACGGCUCCAAUUCGAAAUUCGGUCAAAUUUUGUGACUUAAAACGACGAACGAAGAAUAAUUCCCUUCCUUCUAUCAUAAUACAUACUCGUGUUUUUCUUCUUCUUUUAAAUUUGCUCGUCCUCUCGUAAACGUUAUUAUUUAAUUGAUCGGCAAAGUAAUAUGUCAAGUCAAAGUGUUGUUUUAAAGUGUCAUCGUCGUCGUCGAUCGAUUGGAAAUAUUGAAAAAAUGAAGGAAAAGUGAUAGAAGAAAAAGGUUUCAAUGCUAAAGUUCUUAGAUAUUGUGGCUUAUUCGAUGUGUUCUUCGGUUAUUUAAGUUAAAUAUGCAAGAACAACAGCAAGAAGAACGACACGAUAUCGGUGGUGGUGGUGCCGCCGCAGCUGCCGCCGCCGAUUGUUGCUACCAACAAUGGCCAACGCAGCAGCAUCAACAAUUGUCGAUGGUACCGUCACCGAUGCAACAAAUGGAAGCGUGUUUACAAAGCGCAGGCAGAGUUAAACGAUCCCGAAGUCCAACAAAUUCAAACAAGUCCUCUUUGGCGUCGGCGCACGCUUCGAAUCCGCCGGCAGUAACAUCGGUGGUAGCUACCUCUUCCUCUUCGGCGGAUCUUAGAAACGACAGGAACAAUAAUAAUCGUCAUCAUGGUGAUCACCACCAUCAUCAUCAUCAUCAUCAUCAUCAUCAUCAUAAUAACGUCACCAAUAAUCAUCACCAUCGACGUAGAAGCGACGAGGAUAAUGAGGAAAUCGGCUCGAAGAUUCCGCUUCAUCCGGCGCUCGCUGGAGCUGGGGCAGCGCUCGAGGCUAAACCACUUUGGGAAGAAUUCCAUCAAUUGGGAACAGAAAUGAUCGUGACCAAAGCUGGAAGGAGAAUGUUUCCUACUUUUCAGUGUCGACUUUUUGGUUUGGACCCAAACACGGAGUAUCUUUUGGUCAUGGAUUUUGUCCCGUGCGACGACAAAAGAUACAGAUAUGCUUUUCACAGCAGUGCUUGGGUCGUUGCUGGUCGGGCCGAUCCAGUUUCACCACCCAGGAUUCACAUGCAUCCUGACAGUCCUGCCAGCGGAGCUCACUGGAUGAAGCAACCGGUCUCUUUUGACAAACUCAAACUAACCAAUAAUCAACUCGAUGACAACGGCCACAUCAUCUUGAAUUCGAUGCACCGAUAUCAACCGCGAUGUCACGUGGUGGUCGCCCCUUCUCCUCCAGGUUCAGCACCAGAUCCAAGGACGGAAAAUUUCAAAACGUUUUCCUUCCCGGAGACGAUAUUCACCGCGGUCACGGCUUACCAAAAUCAUCGUAUAACGCAAUUGAAAAUUGCUAGCAAUCCUUUUGCCAAGGGUUUUCGAGAUUGCGAGUCCGACGAUUGCGACACCGUGGCCACCGCCACCGCCGCCGCCGCCGUUUCCUCGACCAUGCAACAGCAGAAUCCUGCCAAGAGAACAGCACCAAGUUCUACCAGUGGCACCGUAGUAAACGCUAACUCUAAUGUUAUUUCCGCGAGCGGAUAUCCUAACGCUAUUAUACCGCAGGGAAUGCAAAUACCUAACUUGUCGAGUCAAGAACAUCAUCAUCAUCAUCACCAUCAUCAAUUUUAUCCUACGGCUCCUACGGGACCUUGGUCCUCUUAUCCACCUCCCCCUCCUCCCCCGCCGCCACCUCAUUCACAUCACCACGGACAAUCGAAUCCUCACGUAAAUUCUUCCCUUCAUUAUCCUCAUCCGCAUCCUGCGCACCCUGCACACCCUGCUCACCCUGCUCACCCUGCUCACCCUGUUCACCCUGCGCAUCCCAGUACGUCUCUUUACGGACCACGAUAAUUGAAUUGAAUUGAAUUGAAUAUUGUAUAUUUAUAUUGUAUUUAACGUUAGAUAUUUUCUAUAACGACGUUCGUUAGAAAACAUUUGAUAUGCAUAUACUAUUAUAUACAUAGGUAUCUUAGGAUUUGCGUUAAAAUGUUAACCAGUUCGAUCGUAAGUUCGACGUAACGUCGUUCAAGAAGGAAAGUGCCUUUUGUAGGAGCAAAGUGCGUCUAUUUAUACGAGGUAUCUCAAAUGCCGAACGAGCCUAAAACGCUCUCUUGAGCCAAGACGGGAAUGUAAACGCUCCGUGACAACCCAUGAGAGUGCGGGACCGUUAAGUGCCUUAAUAAAUUAUGCCUCGAGUAUCGUGCCAUUGUACUUUUAAGUUUAGAGAAGAGUUGCGUGCUUUUCCAAUUUAACGAACAUUUCGACUAGUUAUCCGAUCAAAAAUGCGACUUUUCUUUAACGUACUAAACUACCUUACUAGUCUACUUUUUGUUUUCAAAAUAAGCACAAAUACACCAAGUUUCCAAACAAAUUGUAUUCUUUUUAUCACUUUCAUUCCAAAAUUUCCUAAAUUCUGAUCGAACAAACACCUAAAGUCGUAAGACUACUACGACUUGGAGUAUCUUCUGGCAGUGGCCGUGAUGCACGCGGCACCUACGGAGAGACAGACGGACGUGCCUCUUGAUUGAUGACCGAGUACCAAACGACGACGCGCUGUGUAAACAUAUUAGCGUAUCCUUAAUGACCACGGAUACAUUUUCUCAUUGGCAAAGAACAUUUUGCGGUUACAAGCAAGUAUUACUGAAUAUUUUUUGAAAAAGAUUCAAUUGUAAACGAGGGUCACUGUCAAGCAAUGUUCUAAUUUCUCUGUCUAGUAAAUG